AUGGAUGAGCUAUUAAACUUCAAUGUCAUGGAUCUUAUUGUGAAGACAACUAAGAGGGUUGCAGCUGAUCAGAAGCGCUCUUGCGGUUAUGCACCUUACAUUCAGUUGCUCAUCAACUCCAAGGUUGGUAGCAAUAUCUACUUGCUUGAGCACAUGCACUUACCCCUAGAUGAGGAUUGCAUCAUCACUAUGGAUUCAGCUGAUACUAGUUCUGCUGCUUCUCAGGAGCAAGCAGAGUCUGCCAGAACUGCCGCAGAGGCCAGUGGGCCAAAUUUUGGAAAGCUCAAGGAAGCUUUUGACGCUCAUGACUAUGUCCGUGGUGAUGACAUGGAUGAGAGGACCACAACGCCAACCCCGUGGCUCACCAUCGCAUGGCAACACGCCGACUUUUUCCCUGGAUCGCUGGAGAAAAUAUUAGGGCAAGUUUUAAUCUUUCUCGCUCCUCCCCCUCCGAUCUCCCGACGAGAUUGUACUCGCUCCCGGAUCGUCGCCGGAGCGUCUCCUCGAUCAGUCGCAAAUCCAGGCGACUGGGACUGCAGGUCGUGCCAGCACCUCAACUUCAGUCGCCGGGACCUAUGCCAGCGCUGCGGCGAGCCACGCAGUGCCGCUGACCGUGGCAGCGUCGGUGGCGCUCUUGGUGGUGACUACGCCAACUUUGGCGGCCGUGGCGGGGGUGGUUCCUCCUUUGGUACCGGCUUUGGUGCCGGCUCUGACGUCCGCCCGGGCGACUGGUACUGCACCUGCGGGGCGCACAACUUCGCCAGCCGCUCCAGCUGCUUCAAGUGUGCUGCCUUCAAGGAGGAAGCUGCCGUCAAUGGUGGCGCUGGUGGCUUUGAUGGUGACAUGUCACGCUCAAGGGGCUUCGGCUUCGGCGCUGUCGGUGGCAUGGGUGGCGGCAUGGGAGCCGGCGCGGCCGGUGGUCGUGCCAGCCGCCCUGGCUGGAAGUCUGGCGACUGGAUUUGCACCAGGUCUGGAUGCAACGAGCACAACUUCGCCAGCAGGCAGGAGUGCUUCAGGUGCAACGCACCGAGGGACUCCGGCACUGAGGUGUAGGAAGGCCGCGGCGAUGAGCAGAAGCAGCAAAGGGUGUCCGUGUCCCGCAGUCGACAUCAUCAUCAUAAGAAGAAGAAGAAGAAAGUAGAAUGCAAAGAAAUCCUCCUCGAGUGCAUGCUUACUAGUUUUGUCUCUUCCCGUUUUAGAUUUGGUUGUCAUUUCCCAUUUGGGACCGUCCGUCUGUCCGUCUGAUCGAUGAUGACUAGCUAUGUUUACCGUUUUAUUAUUUCCGUUCCUUUCAUCAAGUUUGCAGUUCGAGUUAUGUAACCCAAAGACGUAUGCUUUGCUUCAGAAGUAUUAUUGACUAGUA